AUGCCGGACACCACUCAAGACACCGCCAACUGGACGAAUCCCUCCUGCGACUGUCCCGCUCAUCGAAUUUAUGGCCAGUCUGAUGUCCCUCGAUUCACUGAACCGUUGGCUCUCUCCUCCAGAUUCGACUAUUCGAAUGGCAAGUCCAAGCGGUAUUGUUUCCCAACGUGCGCUAGGAUGGCCUUCCACACUGCAUUGCAUACGUGGGCAGCUAGAGAGAGCACACCUUUCACCAUUCCCCAGUGUUCGUUUGCCCAUCCAAAAGUGCAAGAGCUCUACGAAUGCUCUCCUGAAGCUAUCGAGAAGGCAGUCCCGGGGUACUGGCAGGAUGCGUUGUUACUAGAAUCGGUCGAGACCAAUACGAAUGAGGGGUUUAUCAACGGCGCAAAGGGGUCGAUUCUGCCCCUGGACAAGACGGUGUCCGUAGAAGAGAGUCUGAGACGAUGGAAAGAUUUUGAGACGGACCAGGGAACCCUGUCAAGCGUGGGCUGUAAUGAGACAAACAAAGCAAUGUUGCACGUUUGA